AUGCCCUCUCUCACUACCAGACCCUCGAGCGCCCGAACCUCUUCUCACUUUAAUACGACCCUUACCUCGCCUCUGUUUAAUUUAUUCCCUAUUGCACCCAGUGGCGAAGGAUUAGGAUGGGAGCCUAGCUGUUCAGCUCCAAAUUGUUUGCCAAUCGCAAGUUGGUCGACCAGUUUUGUCAAUUCUACACUUGAUUUUUCAUACUGGGGCUCUUAUGUUUCGUUUCAUGGAAUGGUCGAAGGCAGCAUGACUGCUCAGAUUACCCAAGAUGGGCAACAAGAGCAACGGAACCUAUCCAAUGGCAUUCUGCUCACAAUCAAAAGUUCCCAUUUGGGCGAUCUUGAUUUCCAUAACCUCAGUAUUAAAAUCAUUAAUGCUUCACCUAAUGCUCGCUUGACCGUGACUCGGGUCAGUUUCAGCGGGUCUUUUUAUAACAAUGCACGCGGAUAUGAUCGAUACGUUGUUCCAAGUAAUGAUCGAGUACUACAUUAUGUUGGAUUCUCCCGUCGUCCAAGUGCUGUUAGUUCGCCAUCUCCAGCUACGUAUGAGUCUAAUACUGUGGGAGACAACGCAUACAUGCAUUGGAACGGUACAAUGGCCCUGCUGUACGGACCAUGUGGUCCAUCCAACGGGAUCAUGCGUGUGACUAUUGACGGCAAGGAGUACACUUCGAAUACAUACAAACCUUUCCCAUCGGAUGACUGUCUACUUUUUCAGUCCCGUAGUGUGUCACCGUAUACCUAUCACGAACUUGAGGUCGAAAAUCUUGACGGCCGGACAAUUUCCGUUAACCGGAUAGAAAUCAUACGAGCCACAACGAUCAGGUCAGAAGGUUCAAGUAACACGGCCGUAGAGAUUAUGGUGAUCGUGCUGUUUGUCAUUAUGUUGUCCACGGGUGUAGUAGUGCUUUAUACGGCCAUGACGAGGAAGCCUACAAAGAAGGUUUUUGAUGAGUCCCUCAAGCCCCUCCUGAGGUGA